CAGAGUGUGUUCAGACGUCUACUUUUUGAAGAAACGGUCGGACAGUUUUUAGCUAAUGUUCUGGAGAAUUCCUCUGAAGGAAACUGAUCAACACCUGGAUCUACAAACACACCUGUAGAACCUGAAGAGAACCUGAGACCAGAGAGCGAGAACCUUCACACACCUGAAAGUGAAAGUCUGAGUGUUGUAACAGGAAGGAGCAGCAGGGAAAGAAAAUGGCUUCUAAAUCUUUCUUAGUGGAGGAUCUCACCUGUCCUGUGUGUUCUGAGAUCUUCAGGGUUCCUGUGGUUCUGAACUGUAGCCACAGUGUGUGUAAAGAGUGUCUGCAGAAGUUCUGGGAGUCUAAAGGAUCCAGAGAGUGUCCAGUUUGUAGGAGAAGAUCUUCAAAUGAUCAUCCUCCAGUAAACCUGGCUCUGAAGAACCUGUGUGAGAACUUCUUACAGGAGAGAAGUGGGAGAACUUCAGCCGGUUCUGAGACACUCUGCAGUCUGCACGGAGAGAACCUCCGGAUCUUCUGUCUGGAUCAUCAGCAGCCCGUGUGCUGGGUGUGUCAAACCUCGAGGAACCACACCGACCACAGAUUCCGCCCCAUUGAUGAAGCUGCAACCGACUGCAAGGAGGAGCUCAGAACUGCUCUGAAUCCCCUAAAGGAGAAACUGAAGAUCUUUAAAAAGUGUAAACUGAACUGGGAUCAGACUGCAGAUCAUAUAAAGACUCAGGCCCGACGCACAGAGAAGCAGAUUAAGGAGGACUUUGAGAAGCUUCACCAGUUUCUACGAGAUGAAGAGGCAGCCCGGAUCACUGCGCUGAGGGAGGAAGAGGAGCAGAAGAGUCAGAUGAUGAAGGAGAAGAUUGAGAAGAUGAGCAGAGAGAUAUCAGCACUAUCAGACACUAUCAGAGGCGUAGAAGAGGAGAUGGGAGCUGAAGACGUUCCAUUCCUACAGAACUAUAAGACCACAGUGGAAAGAACCCAGUGCACACUGCAGGAUCCAGAGAGCCAAUCAGGAGCUCUGCUCAACGUGGAGAAACAUCUGUCCAACCUGAAGUUCAGCGUCUGGAAGAAGAUGCAGGAGAUCCUUCAGUUUACUCCUGUAACUCUGGAUCUGAACUCUGCUGGUUCUAAUCUCAUCGUUUGUGAAGAUCUGAUCAGUGUGAGAUUCAGUUCUGAUAAACUGCAGCUUCCUGAUAAUCCAGAGAGAUUUGAUUAUCCCUGUGUUGUUGGAUCUGAGAGCUUUAACUCAGGAAUUCACUGCUGGGAUGUUGAAGUUGGAGAUGAUAAAUUCUGGCGUGUGGGAGUGAUGUUAGAAUCUGCUGAGAGGAAGGGAAAUAUAUUCUCCAGGAGAGGAGUGUGGUACCUGUGGCGGUGUUGGGAUGGUACAUAUAGAGUCUGUUCUUCACCACAGGAUUACACUGUUCUCUCAGUAUCAGUGAAAGUGAGGAGGGUGAGAGUUGAGCUGGACUGGAACAGAGGAAAACUCUCAUUCUCUGAUCCUCUCACUAACACACACUUACACACCAUCACACACACUUUCACUGAGAGACUCGUUCCACUCUUUCAUACCUCUAAUUCUUUAACUAUCAGUCCAGUUCAGAUCAGUGUAUCUGUGAAUCAGUGAAUCAGUUUGGUUUGAUUCUGAGGGCUCUAUCUGAUUAAGGAGUGUUGUGAUGCUCAUCGCUAUCUUACACCCCACCAACAGUCUAUUUUCACUCCUUCCUCCUGCAUAGUUUAAAUGUGUGUGGAGUUUAUAUUAGGAUAAAAUUAAUAAAACAUAAAUUCAUCUGAUAUUGCUAGAAAUUGCACGGAUAUGAUGAACAGAUAGAUUACCUUUAAGAUAAAUUACUUCACAGCGUGAACCAGCAGCUCAGUUUCCUCUGCUGAGAAGCGUUUGUUGGACACGUCCAGGUAGCUGCACCGUUAAAAUAGCAAUCCACCAAAGUCAGAGCUCACCUGACUCUUAAAGAGAAUGAUGAGCAAGAGACACUCUGAUUG